GGAAGUGACGACACAGGGGCGAGAGGUGCGGCGGCCGGCCUUCCGGAGCGGGACGCGCGCAGGAUGGCGGAAGCGGAAGGGAGUUCUCCGCUCCUCUUACAGCCGCCGCCGCCCCCUCCUCGGAUGGCGGAAGUAGAGACGCCGACGGCGGCCGAGACGGACAAGAAGCAGUACCACGGGUCCGGUGGAGUCGUCAUGGACGUGGAGCGGAGCCGCUUCCCCUACUGCGUGGUAUGGACACCCAUCCCGGUGCUCACGUGGUUUUUCCCCAUCAUUGGUCACAUGGGCAUCUGCACAUCCACAGGAGUCAUUCGGGACUUCGCUGGCCCCUAUUUUGUUUCGGAAGACAACAUGGCCUUUGGAAAGCCUGCCAAGUUCUGGAAAUUGGACCCUGGACAGGUAUACGCUAGUGGGCCCAACGCGUGGGACACAGCUGUGCACGAUGCCUCCGAAGAGUACAAGCACCGCAUGCACAAUCUCUGCUGUGACAACUGCCACUCACAUGUGGCUUUGGCCCUGAACCUGAUGCGUUACAACAACAGCACCAACUGGAACAUGGUGACGCUCUGCUUCUUCUGCCUGAUUUAUGGGAAGUAUGUCAGUGUUGGAGCCUUCGUGAAGACCUGGCUGCCCUUCGUCCUUCUCCUGGGCAUCAUCCUGACCAUCAGUCUCGUCUUCAAUCUGCGGUGAUGGCUUUCAGAUGUCUAAGCCCCUGAGGAGGCCCCUUCCACUCACCCCUUUUGGUCUCAGUUCUUUCAUCCCCACCCUCAGGCAGAGUUGCCUCCUGGGUUGGAGGUAGGGUCGGGACCUGGGACAAAGUGCUAAUGUUGGGCACCUGAUGGGGCCAUUUAGAGCCUCCUUGUCCUCUCCAUGAGCCGGAGACCUCACCUGUGUGGCAUCCCCAGUGCCAUCCCGGAAAGGCCUCCCUCCCUCUAGAGCAUCUCCUGCCACCAUCACUGGGCCACUCUUGCCAUGCCCAGGGCACAGUGCGACAAGAACCCACGGGGCAAAGCAGUGUUCGGAGCUGGAUUUGAAGCUGUUUUCUGGCUGGUAGUUGGGUGUGGUGUUAGGAGAAGUGCUGCACGCCAAGCGACUUGGAACCUUCUCCGCUGGUCUCACUCAGAUGGACUGGGAGGGCUGGCUGGGCUCCUCCUGUGUCUGCCAGAGCUGCACAAGCGUGGUGUGUGCCUCAUCACCGCCAAUCGGCCCUGGCUAGCAAGGGCUGAAUGGCACUUAUGCCGAGUGUGUCCCCAGAAACCAGGUAACAUGAACCCCACUUGUUUCCAGCCCAGGAGUCCUCAUGCCGGGGAUAGAAGCCUUUAGGUCCAAAAGGUAGCUCAUCAGAGCAGCUGGUGCCACUGAUUGGCUAGGUCUGCUUCCGGUUGCUACAAUGGGCCCUGUGCAGCCUGCCUCCCCCUGGUCCACAGGCUCCUUUAUAAGGGGCUCCCUGGCAGGAAAUAAAGUUUUAAGUCUAA